UUCGGGGGACAAAAUAUUCAUGGUUUUUGUGGUUGAAGCUCUGACCAAGAAUGAAACGAUUUUGACUAGCUUUACCUGCAGUGCAAUCAGCAACCAUAUUAUCUACGAAAUAUCUCUAUAUUGCUGAACCACGAAUAUUUUGUCCCCUGAAAUUACCGCCUAUACGGUAUAUACGUAGAUUUUAAACCGUUCUGAUAAGAGAUAUGCAAAUUAAAUAUUGCACACUCAGUCACUAAAGUUUAUAUAUACGUACAAAUUAUGCACAUGUAAUUAGUACAAAUACUAUGAUGUCAAAAUUAUGACGUCAUAUUAUCUCAGAUGCCUGGUCACGGUGGUGAGCUACUGCUAUAGUGUCGGACACGUUUGUACAAUACCAAAGUGGAUAUUGUGAGCCCAUGCAUCAUUCUACUUUGAGCUACCAUUUGGAAAUAUACGAGACAAGAUGCCACUGUUGCCAUUACUGACCAGGUGUUGUAUAAAGUGAUGCAGAUGACAAACCAUUAACAUCGGAGCAGGAGGACGCAGUCUUAGGAGAAGCGGGAGAAGAAAACGGUGAAGAACUUUCUUCAACAUGGCCACAAAAAUGAAGGAAAAGGCAGCUCAUGCAAAACACUACACAGCUGAAGUACCUGCUAGCGAUGAGAUGUACAUGCAUGUAGCUGCUUUGAGCUAGCCAAGUGAGACUCGGACAUGGUGUUAAUUGUCUGGGAAACUAAUGGCCUUGAUGAACAGAAGUGAGCAGGUGAUGACUGAGUUGAGGCACCAAGGGAUCGACUCCCAGGAAACGAGUGAGGAUGGCACUCAUAUGCUCUGGUUUCUCCGCUCUGUUGGGUUCACCCUAAGUCAAUGUGAUGGUGGCCUGUCUUUCGGAGAUCAUAUGGACAUGUGUACUACAAGACCACACCCUUCUCUUCGUCAUACACUCACCCACACCCUCAAGUCCUCUUCGACACAAGCAAUGACUCUCAAGUGUGUGUGCCGGUGUUCAUAUAAGAAUAAGAAAUCACAGAAAGAGAAGGUAUUUGCUGCUCCAUUCAAGACGUCAGACGUACCUACAGUCAAAACAAAAGAACGAAAGUAAGUAUUAUUGCUUAUUGUGACAAAAGUAUCCUUCUCAAAUGCACACAAUACAUUCGUAAUGUAGGAAAACGUUGGUACUAAUUUACUUUGUGGGUUUGGAACCUGCCAAAAUCGAAGCCACCACAGUUGAGAGAGCUCUGUGUGAAUUAAGCACAAGCAUAAGUUUUGACAUUGCUUGCAAAGUCAUUCAAGACAGAAAGAAGGAAGUGCUGAAGGAAUUGAAGGAAAUUAAAGCUAAACUAAGACAAGUUCAAGAAGAACAACAAAACAGCAAGAAGGCCAUUGACACAUUAAAAAACGAUGAUUGAGAAAAACUCUCACGUUUUUGCCGUGGAAAGCACGUCGUGGAGUGUUUCUCUGAGUUCGAAUUUGGCUAAACUAUUCCUAAUGUCUGAAAGUAGAGAAAUAGGAGACGAAGCCAUCAAGGUUAUUAAUCAGAAUUGUUAUUUAUACAAACCUAGGCACAAAUGAGAGUAUGUAUGGACAUGGAUGAUAGGACAGACACGGAGGUACUGUCAAUAACUCUAAAAUGGUGCAAAAAAGGUUGAGCGACAUGCGUAUCGAUGAAAGGCGCAAGGUGCUAGGUUGCCAACCUUACAAAGGAUUUCCCCUAGCAACCUAGCCAAAGAGACUGUGAGAACUUUGAAGGCUCCCAUGGACCGAGAGAUCGAGACAGCAUACACCCAUAAUUUAGCCCUGCUAAGAAAGUAUGCAAGAGAAAACCCCAUUGAAGCUCAACAACCUGCACACCAAUCGGCAGUCAUCGAGUCGUAACAUUGCCAAGAGAUUUGCAGUAAUGGAGCAACUCUACUUCCUAGUGAACAAGGGUGUAGCACCAGAAGAUGCUACAGUAAGAGUAAGAAUUGGAGAUGAUCUAUAGUCCAUCUAGCUACUCACCUCUCAAGAAGUGCGGCAGUAUGCCUUCAAUAUUCACCCUCACACACUCAACUCUUCCAAGGAGAUCUACCAGCAUGG